CUGAUGCUUGCGCUGCCAACCAUAAAUGUGAGGAUCCAGACUCUGUCUACUGAGGCAGCUCCUAGGGACGGGCCCUGGGAACAGGGGCUGAGACCAAGCUAAAAAAGAACCUAAGAAAUGAAGGGCCUCCUCACACUGGCUUGGUUCCUGGCUUACAGUGUUUCUCCAGUCCCAGGGGGCUUGCUAGAACUGAAGUCCAUGAUUGAGAAGGUGACCGGGAAGAAUGCUGUUAAGAACUAUGGCUUCUAUGGUUGCUACUGUGGCUGGGGCGGCAGUGGGACCCCCAAGGAUGGCACUGAUUGGUGCUGUCAGAUGCAUGACCAUUGUUAUGGGCAACUGGAAGAAAAAGACUGUGCCAUCCGGACCCAGUCCUAUGACUACAGAUUCACACGGGGCCUAGUCAUCUGCGAACACGGCUCCUUCUGUCCAGUGAGGCUCUGUGCCUGUGACCGGAAGCUGGUCUACUGCCUGCGGAGAAACCUCUGGAGUUAUAACCCCCUUUACCAGUAUUACCCCAACUUCCUCUGCUAAUGCCGUCCUCUGUGGGCUCUGCCCUGGGGGUGCCUCCCAUAGUGUCGGUCCCCCUAUGCUGUAUUCCUGACGCAUCU